AAAGUGGUCGGUGCCAAUCAGAGCCGUGGUUUUUGGGGGUGUUGCCUCUUUGGUUGUCGGCUUACUCUGUGUGAUUGGCACCACCGCUGCCAAUGCCUUAUUCUCGAUGUAUGUCGCUGGGAACUAUUUCGCUUGGGGUACUCCAAUUUUCCUCAGGCUCACCUUUGGCAGACUGAAAUUCACCCCUGGGAAGUUUUAUACCGGUGACUUUUGGUCCCCGGUCAUCGGUUGGGCUGCCGUACUUUUCAUGAUGUUUGUGAUUGUGAUGGUGCAGUUUCCAGCCAACCCGACGGUGGAUAGCAAUACAAUGAACUACACGUGCGUGAUCACACCAGGGGUGAUGAUCCUCUCGCUUGUAUACUAUUUUGUCUACGCUCGUAAGUUCUAUCACGGCCCAGCCUCGAAUAUCGAGGAAGAUUAUGACGUGAUGGAAGGU